UUAUACUACGAAUUGAACGACAAGUUGUAUUGAGAAAGCCUAUUGGUUCAUUUAAUCCAAUCAGCAUUGGUGUUUCGCAGUGCUUCGCCAUCUUCUCACGGACGCAAAAUGAGUACGCCGGUAUUCAUAGAUAUAGCGGUCCCUGAACAGACUUCAGAGUUACGAAGCUUUCUUAAGUCUCUUGGAGCAGAAAUCUGUGAAGAAAACUCUGAGAGUGGGAUCCUAACAGAUUUAAAGAAUGUGGUUGAAGCUAGCACAAUAUGUUGGAAGGAAAUUCAAACUGAUGGUGAGGUUGAGAUGCUCUUCAAUGGAAUCAUUUCCUUGAUACUCAUGGUGCCGCCAGAGGGCGUGGAGAGUCUGGGAACUCUCUUCUGUGAGAAGAUAGUAAAAGCCACAACCUCAGAGAAGCGACUUGGUGUCCGAGUUAAAUUAUUAAGUAACUUGUUCUAUGGCCUGCCAGAUGUCGCCCCACUUCGAUACACUGUGUAUUGUGCCAUGUUGAAACUGGCUGGACAGGGAGACCUCAGCCUUGUGCCCACAGAUCUGAACAUGGUGAAGGAGUGGAUCUCUCAGUGGAACAUCAGCUCCCAGAAGACACAGCACAUGCUCAGGAUUCUCUACGAUGCUCUCGUUGAAGGCAAGAUGAGUGAACAAGCCACAGCGGUGAUGAUCGAGCUGCUCGGAACUUACACAGAGGACAACGCCUCCCAGGCUCGGGACGACGCCCACAAGUGUAUUGUCACAUGUCUGGCGGAUCCCAGCACUUACCUGAUGGAUCACCUGUUGUCACUGAAGCCAGUCAAGUUCCUGGAGGGAGAACUCAUCCAUGAUCUCCUGUCAAUAUUUGUUUCGGGGAAGCUUUCACAAUAUCAGCAGUUUUACAAGAACAACACAGACUUUGUGAACUCACUAGGUCUCUCCCAUGACCAGAACAUGAGGAAGAUGCGGCUGUUGACGUUCAUGCAGAUGGCGGAGAACAAGAAGGAGAUUGAGUUUUCCAUCAUCCAGGAGGAGAUGCAGUUGAGCAGCGAGCAGGUCGAGGAGUUUAUCAUUGAUGUUUUGAGGACUAAAGCUGUGCGAGCCAGAAUUGACCAGAUUCAGAAGAAAGUUGUGGUGAUCUCGACGACCCACCGGACAUUCACCAAGCACCACUGGCAGGUGCUCCGCUCCGCCCUGACCGAGUGGCAGGAGACUCUAAAAGGAAUAGAAGGCAACUUCACUUCUCUGUCUGCACUCCAGACUCAAGUUCCUUCUUGAAAUUGCAAAUAGUUUCUCAUUCAUGUGGUCUGUGUACAUACAUCUGUCAAUAAUAAAUCAAAUAACCCGUCAA